AUGAAGAGUGGACGAAAAUUGGUUCCAAUUUAAAAUCCUCAUUCUGUUAACAAACAAAAAUAAAUCGAACCUUAAACUUAGAAAAAAAGUAGGAUCAUCAAAAGAGCUCCAGAAAAAAAAAAUGAAAAAUAACCUUUUUCAAAUAUAAAAGAUUAAAAAUUAGUGUAGUAAUAAUAGAAAUCAUAACAAUAACCUAUUUUAAAGUAAAUCAAAUAAAAAGCUUAAUAAGAUGAAUAAAAUAAUUACCCUAUUGCAGUGUUAUUAGGUACCCCAGGAGUUGGCAAAACUUAAAUUAUGCAUAAAUUAUUUCCAAACGAAAAAUAAUUAAAAGAAUUUACAUUAUAUAAAUUAGAAGAUCUAAAAUACAAUUUUGUUGACACCUCAGGAUUCGAUUUUGAGGGGGAUAUAGAUUGGAGAGAGGUUCAAAUCAAAAAUUAUUAGAAUUUAUUCUUAAAAUUUUCAAAUCAAAUAUCUUCACUAUUUGUAGUAGUUAAUUUUGAAAGAACUGAUUUAAUGAAAAAAAAAUUGCUUUCUGUUUAUAAGUACUUUAGGAAAUUUAAAAAUUUAAUGAGUAUAGUUGUUACUGAUUUUCAUUUGAGUGAAAGUAAUCGAGAUAAAGAACAUUUAAAAAAAAAUUUCUAAAUAUUUUAACCAAAUGAUAUACUAUUUGUAAGAGGAGAUUUAAAAUCAGAGGAAUUAAAAGAAUCAUUGAAAAAGUCUAAAAUGUUAAAUAAAUUAAUUGAAUCUAAUUAAUUUAACUUAAAAGACACAAUCUUUGAACUAUAUGAUAUGGAAGAAUAUAAGAAUAUAAGAUAAGAUUUAUUAAAAUUGAUAAAUAAAUGA